GCAAUGUUUAUACCAAACCACAACUUCCGCCAUAAGUUUAUAGGAUUUUUCCUCAUCGCAAGAGUGUCGCUUUUUUUUUCAAACACACGUUCAUGUGUUGUUAAUUUAAUUUAAUUUUUUUUCGUGAUAUUAUUUUUUAGCUUAGAAAAAAAUCUGCUCACGAUGUCGCAAAGGUGUUUUUCUUCGUCGUAUUUCGUCGCAGUUGUAUGCGUUUUAUUCGCUUGUAAUUUACAUCUAAGUCGAUGUUUGCCAUCGCCGGCUUUAGACGUACCAGUACCGCGAUACCAUACCACAAAUUCGAUCGAAUCGAAACAAGAUUUUCUCGAAAGUGUUUACGCCGAUUGUACCGAUAACAAAGGUUCGGUACCGUGUUUCAAGUACAAAUUGUUCGCGUUCGUCGAUAAAAUUCUAAACAAGGAUGAAAUCAACUUGGCCAACGGUAUCACGGUCGUGAAAACCGCCGCUUCCGGGGCUGGAGUGGAUGGAGCUCCAAGAGCUUUAGACCAAGAGGCUGCAGCUACCUCGGGCGAAUCUCAAAACGGAGAUAUUUCCACCAUGCUGGCUACUCGUAUCGAGCGAUUCUUGAAUACCCAUACUUUGAAAGUCGAUUUACGUGGAACCGAUGUCUUGAACGCUGUCUCCAGAGCUGGCCGAACACUCGACGAAUUCACCGACGGAUUUGAAAACGAAGAUGUCGAAAUGGCUCGUAAAAAGAAAGGAGGUGGCAAAAAAGGAGCCAAAAUCUUAGGACCUUUGUUGAUGAUGAUCAAAAUGAAAUUGCUCGGUUUGAUCCCGUUGGCUUUCGGUUUAAUCGCUCUGCUGGCCGGUAAAGCCUUAUUGAUUGGUAAAAUCGCCUUGUUGUUAUCGCUCAUCAUCGCUUUGAAGAAACUGUUGGCAUCGCAUCAGAAAACCGUCACCUAUGAAAUAGUCAGUCAUCCACACAGCAGCGGCGGUCACGACUCGUAUUCUUCAGCCGGAGCCGAUUACUCGAGCUAUGGAGGUGGCGGCAGCAGCGCCGGCAGCAGUCACGGUGGUGGAUGGGGCCGAAGCGCCGAUGCUCAUGAAUUGGCCUAUAAAGCCUACAAACCAGCCGCCGAUACCAAAAUUAACUAAGUUGGAUUUAAUUAUUAAAAGAGACGCCAACACCACCAAAACCCCCCUUCCGAGUGCCAGUACACACGAAUAACGAUGUACAUAUAAAUUAUUUAUUUGAUAUUUCAAAGGCGCGAUUCGUUAUUUAUUGUUUUUCUGUAUUUUUUUUUCUAAACUUUAUUAUUCGUGUUUGUGUAAAAGUAUUUAUUUUUUGUAGAAAAAUUUUUUUGUUUUGUAGAGUUUAAGAUUCACUAUAACUUUCACAAAUUCUCUGCCAAAAGUUCCUCCUGACAGAGGACUCGUAAAAAAGAGAACUAAUUGACUUAUACAUAUAUGUACUCUAUUCCUAUAUAUUUUAUAACGUCGAAUAUAACUUUCAAGUCAAUUUAAACGUACUAGGUAUAGUAUAGCCUUAUAAUAUGUGUUUAAUUUAUAAUCCUUGCGAAGAAGAAAAAGCCACCACCCGAUGAAACUUUCUAUAAUGAUAAAUUUGCUUCUUGUUGAUAUUUUUAUACCGAGUGUUCAUAUUCAUAUAUAGUAGGUACACGUCGAGUACAUCGUGAUAAUAACAGAUAUAUUAUGAUGCCGUACCUACCUAUUUGUUUUUCAAUAAAAAUGUUUUCUACUUUA